AACAAUAAUAAUAACAAUAACAAUAAUAACAAUAAUAAUAAUUAUAAUAACAAUUUUAACUAUAAUAAUAAUCACAACAAUUAUAAUAAUAAUAAUAAUAUUAAUAAUAAUAAUCAUAAUAAUAUCAGUAAUAAUAAUAAAAAUAUUAACAAUAAUAAUAAAAAUAGUAAUAAUAAUAACAAUAAUAACAAUAAUAAUAAAAGCAAUAAUGAUUAUAAUAAUAACAAUAUUAACUAUAAUAAUAAUAAUAAUAAUAAUAAUAAUAUUAACAAAAACAAUAAUAACAUGAGCAACAGUAACAAUAGUAACAAUAACAAUAAUAACAAUAACAAUAAUAAGAAUAACAAUAAUAACAAUAACAGUAAUAACAAUAACAAUAACAAUAAUAACAAUAAUAAUAAUAACAAUAUAAAUAAUAACAAUAAUAAUAAUAACAACACUAACAAUAAUAUUAAUAUCAAUAUCAAUAAUAACAAGUAUAAUAGUAACAAUAUUAAAAAUAACAGUAAUAAUAAUAACAAUAAUAGCAAUAAUAAUAAUAACAAUAAUAAUAAUAACAAUAAUAAUAAUAACAAUAUUAAUAAUAACAAUUAUAAUAAUAACAAUAAUAACAAUAAUAAUGAUAAUAAUAAUGAUAUCCUUAAUAAUAAUAACAAUAAUAAUAUUAGUAAUAAUAAAAAAAACAGUAAUAACAUGAAUAACAAUAACAACAGUAACAAUAACAAUAUUAACAAUAGAAAUAAUAACAAUAACAAUAAUAACAAUAAUAGCAAUAAUAAUAUUAACAAUAACAAUAAUAAUAAUAAUAAUAAUAAUAAUAAUAUCAAUAUUAAUAACAAUAACAAUAAUAGUAUUAAUAAUAAUAAUAACAUUAACAAAGAUAAUAAUAAUAAUUACAAUAAUAACAAUAAUAACAAUAACAAUAACAAUAAAAACUAUAAGAACAAUAACAGUAGCAAUAAUAAAAAUAAUAAUAGCAAUAAUAAUAACAAUUAUACGAACAAUAAUAACAUUAAUAACAAUAACAAUAAAAAUAAUAACAAUAAUAACAAUAAUAAUAACAAUAACAAUAAUAAAAACAAUAGCAAUAAAAAUAACAAUAGCAAUAACAAUAACAAUAAUAAAAAUAACAAUAAUAUUUACAAUAACAAUAACAAUCAAUAUAACGACAAUAAUUACAAUAAUUAUAAUGAUAAGAACGAUAACAAUAAUAAUUACAAUAAUAAUAAUAAAAAUAACAAUAACAAUAACAAUAAUAAUAAUAACAAUGACAAUAACAAUAAUACCAAUAACAAUGACAAUAACUAUAAGAAUAAUAAUAGUAGCAGUAACAAUAACAAUAAUUAUAAUAACAAUAAUAUUAACAAUAACAAUAAUAAUAAAAAUAAUAAUAAC